AUGUCAUUCCAACACAAAGAAAAACCAGAUACCUUAGUCUUAUUCGACGUCGAUGGUACUUUAACCCCAGCUAGAUUAACCAUCUCACCAGAAUUCAAACAAUUAUUAGCUGACUUGAGAAAAAAAGUUGUUAUCGGUUUUGUUGGUGGUUCUGAUUUACAAAAACAAGUUGAACAAUUAGGUGCAAAUGUCUUGAAUGAAUUUGACUACUGUUUCUCUGAAAACGGUUUAACUGCUUAUAAAUUGGGUCAACAAUUAGCUUCUCAAUCAUUUAUUGGUUGGAUUGGUGAAGAAAAAUACAAUGAAUUAGCUAAAUUCAUCUUGGGUUAUUUAGCAAACAUUGACUUACCAAAAAGACGUGGUACUUUCAUUGAAUUCAGAAAUGGUAUGAUUAAUGUUUCACCAAUUGGUAGAAAUGCUUCCACUGCUGAAAGAAAUGAAUUUGAACAAUAUGAUAAAGAACAUAAAAUUAGAGAAAAAUUUGUUCAAGCUUUAAAAGACAAAUUCCCAGAUGUUGCUUUAACUUACUCUAUUGGUGGUCAAAUCUCAUUUGAUGUUUUCCCAACUGGUUGGGAUAAAACUUAUGCCUUACAACAUGUUGAACAAGAAGGUUUCAAAGAAAUUCAUUUCUUUGGUGAUAAAUCUUAUAAAGGUGGUAACGAUUACGAAAUUUACGAAGAUCCAAGAACUAUUGGUCAUGCUGUCAACAGCCCAGAUGAUACCGCUAGAAUCUUGAAAGAAUUAUUCUUUUAA